UCAUCCUCUGGACUUGAUUGGUAAGGUCUGGGUGAAUGUUGAAAAGGGGGCGGUGGCGGAACCGAACCCGAACCGAACUUUUCUGGUUCGCACAAACUGAUAAGGCUGUCGUGAGUCACUGUAAUGGUAUUAAAGUCACUUGUAGGAAGAGCCUGGACUCUUAGAGGAGCUGCUUCAGCGUUAAAACGAGCACCUGUCGAAGCCAAGGGCCAGGCAGUCGCUCUCCUUCACGGCGCAGUGAGGAAGUCUCAUCUGGUCCAACAAACCAACAUGAGGGUCGAACUUCUCCCAGCUCUCAGUGACAACUACAUGUACCUGCUGAUCGAUGAAGACUCCAAAGAAGCAGCUAUUGUUGACCCAGUGGAGCCGAUAAAGGUUGUGGAAGCCGUCAGAAAACAUGGCGUUAAACUCACAACAGUUCUGACCACCCAUCACCACUGGGAUCACGCCGGCGGAAACGAGAAGAUGGUGAAGCUAAUGCCGGGACUGAAGGUCUAUGGAGGAGACGACAGGGUGGAUGCCAUCACAAAGAAAGUUUCUCACUCCAACACUUUGAAACUCGGCUCGCUGAACGUGAAGUGCCUGUUCACGCCUUGCCACACGACCGGUCACAUCUGUUACUAUGUGACGAAAGAAAGCAGCUCGGAGCCACCUGCUGUUUUCACAGGUGAUACUCUUUUUGUGGCUGGUUGUGGGAAAUUCUUUGAGGGCACAGCGGAGCAGAUGUAUAAAGCCUUGAUAGAAAUUUUGGGACGUCUUCCUCCUGAAACUCGUGUUUACUGCGGUCACGAGUACACCGUCAGCAAUCUGAAAUUUGCACGCCACGUCGAACCAGACAACGAGGUCAUUCAGAAGAAGCUGGCUUGGGCAAAGGAGAAGUGCAGCGACGGAGAGCCAACCAUCCCAUCCACUUUGGCAGAUGAAUUCACAUACAAUCCAUUUAUGAGAGUAAAGGAGAAGUCAGUCCAAGACCACGUGAAGCAGACGGUACCAAUUGAAACUAUGAGAAGUCUUCGAAAAGAAAAAGAUGGUUUCCGAGUUCCUAAGGAUUGAAGUCCCAACACGUUCAUGUUCAUUUUAACGGCUCACAGCGCUGCAGAUCCAUCAUUGUAUACUAAAGAACAACUUAUCCUCUCGGCCAUUUUAAAUGGAUCCACUACAUUCACUUUUACUGGAAGUACACACUUUUAAGUUUAGUCGUAUUAAAGCUCAAAACGCUUUGUUUUGAUUUGUUUGGAUCAUGUUGAUGCGAAAGUUUUAAUGAAUCUUUGGCCAUGAGUUAGAUGCUUAAAGGAAAGAAAAAAAUAAUAUGUAAAUGUUUAAGAGUCUUAUUUAGUGCGAUGUAGUUUAAUAUAUUGAUGCGCCAGCAGUUUCAUUUGGUGUCCACAAGGCAAGGAGCCACAUAAGGAACAAACUGGUCAAUGUGUAAAAUUUCUGUGAAUAGAUUUGAUAUAAGUAGUAAUUUCUUACUCUAAGUCUAUAUCCAUGUCCUGUUCCGACUGUGAAUGUCUCAUCACAUCAUUAUUUACUUCCAUUUGUGCUUAAAAACUAUUUGAGUAAAAUACAACACCACUACGUUUUAAAAAUAAAAGUUUUUUGACCACAACAAUAAACAUUACUUUUAGCAGACAUUGAACCUCUUGUGCUUUUAAAACUAUUAUAAAAUUCUGCACAAUCUCUGGAAAAAGCAAUAAAACACAUCUGUUGU